UGGUGGAAGGAAAAAGUUGAUCAAUUUGCCCCCAUUCAUGUUUAUAAUGCUCUAUUCUCUUUCUCUCAUAGCUUUAUUUCUUCAUUCCUUCCUAACUAUUUUCUUAGGCACUCAUCUCUUAGAAAAACGAGGAUGAAGGAUUGGGCGGCGCCUAUAGUUGCAACGGCUCUGUUUGCGAUUUUGUCACCGGGAUUGGUGUUUCAGAUACCGGGGAGGAACCGACCUGUUGAUUUCUUGAAUAUGAAAACAAGCAUCGGGGCUAUUCUAGUCCAUGCUCUUCUUUAUGGUUUGUUGCUUAUUUUAUUUCUUGUUGUUCUCAACUUUCAUCUAUAUGUGUAUUAACUCUUAUAUUUGUUGUUAAUUAGAUUAUUCGGAUUUGAGUUAA